ACAGUUUUAUUUAUUUGCUUUUAGUUUAUUUCUUCUGUUUGAAUGUUGAAGUUUAAGGUUGACAGAAAAAUGAUAGUCUGUUUGUAAAAACAUUUUUAAAAGAGGAGAAGAACAGAAAACUGAUGAAGAGGAGGAGAAAGAGCCGCAGUCACUUCCGCACCAUGUGAGCCACCGGGACUGAAGCUCAUUUGCUGCCGGAUGGAUCCGUCCUCCACCCGGACAGAGAGGAUCAUCAGCUCCCCGGCUUCGGUGCGCUCAGGCUGGACACAGAGAUGCGUCGCCCCGCCGACAUGGAUGCGGACGUGGCGGUGUCCCUGUCGGUGCUCGCGGGGCUCGUGGUGAUGAGCGAGGCGACCCGCAGGGUCCUGAUCCGGGCCCUCGCUCACUCCGGGCUCUCCGUGGACGCGGCGGAGCUCGUGUCCACCUUCCAGCUGUGCUGCUGCGCGCACGAGCUGAGGCUGCUGUCCGAGGUGGGCGGGAUCCACCCUCGCCUCGCGCUCGCCUUCACCUACCUGGUGUCGGUGGUCCACGGGCUCACCUUCAGGGGGGCCAUCGGGAACCCCUGCGGUGCGCUGGAGCGCGCGUACCACGCCACGCUCCCCGGCGGCCGCGCGCUGCGGCGGAUCGCGUGCCAGUUUGCCGCGGCUGCUGUUGCGCGAGCCGCCGCGCUGCAGGUGUGGAGCAUCGGGCUGUCGCGGCUGCACGCGCGGCACAGGCUGCUGGGCUUCCGGUGCGUCAGCCCGGUUCGCGGCGGCUCUCUGCACGAGGCUGCCGCAGUGGAGCUCGCGUGCGCCUUCGCGGUUCAGACUGUGAUCACGCACACGCAAUCGGUAAAGGAGAAGUACCGCGUGCACGCUGUGGCUGCGAUCACCACAGCAGUAGUUUAUGCAGGUGGCGGUGUGACAGGAGCUGUGUUUAACCCAGCCGUGGCCUUCUCCACGCACUUUCACUGCAGUGGAAACUCUUUCAUGGAGUACUGCUUCGUCUACUGGCUCGGUCCAUUUCUGGGUACGAUGUGUUCAGUUCUGCUGUUUGAUAGAUUCUCUCCUGGGGUCCCUCCACCACAGAAGAAGAAGACAUGAAGAGAUUGAACUCAGAGGAUGUUACUGACAGACUUUCACCACACAGCUGCAACAGAAACACUGUUACGACCAUUUCAAAGAACAAUAUAGAUUUAUUAUUUUAUUAUGAAACACAAACAUCAAGGUUAAAGCACAAACAACAAAAAACUAAACUUAUAUUUAACAAUCAAAGGCUAAAUACCUGAGUGAAACUCAUCAAUUAUAAAACAAGUUUGCAUCUUUUAUUUCAGGUUAUACAUUUGUGCGAUUUUAUUUGAUAGAAAAACCUUAAUGGGUGUAAAAUAAUGUGAAGACUUUGAUCCUGUUUAUGUCAAAUUCUGCAACAAAAGCCUGGAUUUUCAGCACAUCUUCAUUUCUGCAGGUUUAUUUGGUGCCUUUUAGGUUCUUAUUAAAGAGAAAAACUGAAGAACUCUUAUUUCCUGGAUAAAAGUUUCUUUUCAAAGUUCUGUCAUCACAAACCUAAAACAAUGAUUAUUUAAAACAUUAAAAUAUUUUUAAGAUAAUUAGUUAAAAUGUGUUUGAGAUUAAAUGUUUUGUAGUGGUAACCCAUUUAUUCAGAAAUAGCUCUGCUUAUCACUAAACACCAAAAAGUCAUGUUGUCAGAAUUUAGUUUUUGAAUUUUU